GGAAAUGAAAGUGAAAGGAAAAAUAUUAUAGAGCUCUGAAGGACAAAAGCGACCAUCUCCAACAGAAGCUUCACAAACACAGUCGUGCGUGAUGGACAGAGACAUGAAGGGCAGUCUGAAUGAAGCAAAGCAGUGUAAAAACGAAAUGGGAGGAAAUUCCAGUCCUCCUCGACUCGCACCAGCAAGACAGAGCCAGAAAAGGCAGCAGAAACAAGCUUCAGGUGCAGAGGAGGAAUCCAAAACGGUGGAGGGGCCGGUGUCUGCAGAGCUGAGCAAAAGGAUCAAACAACACGCCGAACACCUUAAGAUUCGUCUGCCGGACCGCCGCUGGGCCGCGGAGAUGGUCAACGAUUUCCGGGACAACCUGUUGAAAUUCCUGAGGCUCAACAGUGAUCCGCCCUUUCAGUCGGCUGAGUUCCUCAACAGCGGCAGCUACUUUGAGAAAGUCAAGAUCCACAGCCCCGACGAGUUUGACAUGAUGCUGAAGCUUCAAGUGGGUCCACGUACCAUCGCGACAGAGCUCGACGACGGCCUCUUCUACCAGAUCCACCUGACCCGGCCCACUCAGGGACCCAUACGGGCCUUCGUUCUGGAGAGCGAGCGCACGCUCUCAUCGAGCAAGAUCCUGAGUGAGAUGUAUUGCCUGGUCCGCAAGUUCCUCAAGACCUACAAAGUGCCCGACAGUGACUUUCUCUGGAUGGUGAACAGGAAGCUGCCUUACUCGCCAGCUGUGACGUUGUCUCUGAGCAGGAAGGACGCCAGAAGUGACGAGUGGAUCUCUGUGGACCUGGUUCCUGCUCUGGAGGUCCAGAGUUGGCCCGUCGCUGUCCGCAGCGGUCCAGAUGUGGACAAAUGGCUGGGGAAAAAGGUUCGCCAAGAAAUGAAAAGUCUGCCGUGCUUCUAUGUCCCGAAGAGGCUUAAAGGACAAAACAGUGAGGAAGCCAAAGAAAGUUGGAGGAUUUCUUUCUCUCACAUUGAGAAAAAACUCAUCAGGAGCCAUGGCAACAAGAAGACCUGCUGUGAGAGCAACGCUACCAAAUGCUGCCGGAAACAGUGCUAUAUGCUCCUCAAGUCUCUGAUUGAAGGCUUGAAGCUGCGUUUCCCAAAAGAACUGGAUCAGCUUUGCUCGUACCACGGGAAGACAGUCUUCCUACACACCAUGUGCAUCAGGUAUGACGAUGCCAUGUGGACCCCCCAGCAGCUCCCCGCCUGCUUCCUGGACCUCCUCAGUGCCAUGGAGGGCCACGCUCGCAUGGGCCUCCUGCCUCACUUCUUCGUGCCCGACUGCAACAUGUUCUCUCCAGCCAGCUUCUCCCGUAAAGCGCUCGCUUUCCUCGUCAGUGCUCUGGAGGAGCAGAGGAGGAAAGGACUGCCCCUGCUGAGUCAUCCGGUGCCUGUCCCACCAAUCAUAACGAUGAAACCUUGUGGAGACACCUCAUAUGAGAGCCGGAAAAAGGCGUCAGCCAUCCCGGAAUCCUCCGUGAGAUCCAUUUGUGAUCCCCAGGAAGGCAUCCUGACCACAUUUCUCCCCCUGGUUGUUAUAGCUUUAGUUGUUGUGCUAGUUCUCAAGUUUGGAUUGCGUGUGUAAAUGAGGUGCAAACGGGUAGCCUAAUGAUGAGCACUAUGCCUUAUUGAUUUUAAUUUGUAUGUGGCUGAAAUAUCAUUUGCUUUGGUGAUAAAGUGUGGGAAAAUAAAAAUCCAUGUUUAGAAAAUGUUUUAAUGGGAGACUUACUUCUUGUCGUUUUUUACCAUUGAGGUAUAAAUUGGUUCCUUUUGUUCCUUAUUGCAGUGUAAGUCCUUUGUUCAUAGUUUUUCUAUGUAUAUUUGGUACCUUUUGUUUAAAUGUGAAGUGUUUGGUUUGGGUUUUUGUAACUCUCCAUUUACUGUCAUCCCAUAUGGAUUAAAUAAAUUAUAUAUUCAUUCCUAAUAAAUUAUAGAGCUUGCUUCAAACUCAGUGUGACCAUCCUUUUGCAUCUGUUCUGUUUUUAAUACAGGAUCAACAUAUGACAAAAGCAUGUACAAUAAAAAGACAAUAAACAAGGC